GGCGUCACCCAGGAACGCGGUGACUGCUGCAGCUCAGUGCGAGCCCGGCGCCCGCUGCAGCGACGGGAGCCUCUCACACACAGAGAGAGCAACCUAGGCCCAGUCCCUGAGGAUGAGGGCGGGUGGGGGUGAAAGGUCAAAGCAAGCGCGCGACUGUCCUCAGGCGCGCGCACCACUUCCGCUCGCGGGUUGCGAAGCAAGAUUUCACACACACUUGUUUUUACAGGGCUCAUCGAUCCGGUGAUUGGCUGUCGCGGCAAAGCAGCUGCAGUAUUAUUGGAUAUGGCCCCGCCCCAACGCCCCCGAUCAAUUACUAUUGGUUGUUAUUACACGGUCCCACCUUCUGAUUGGUUGAGGACCACAGCCUCAGAUUCCGAGGACAGCAGGUCACAAGGUCCUCGGCUCCGGAAUGAAAACAGAAAAUGCUGUAGCUUACGGUCCAAUCGAAGUUGAACGCGGUCGUGGUGCCGAUGUCAGUUGUUGUUGAAGGAGACCCGGAUGGACGUUGGCGGCGCGCGCAGGAGCGGAUCAGCAAUGGGCCGUAAUUCAGCUUCUGCAGGAAAACGACAGGAUCCUAAAACAGAUGGCACUCCGCCAAUUCCAUCAGUAAAUGAGCGCCUAGCUUUUCUUCGUCCUUCCCGGGAGCUACUUGAGUAUUACCGUAAAAAGAUUGCAGAGUUUGACGAGGAACAUGAAACCCUCUUAAAAAGACUCGAGAACUAUAAGGCCACAUAUGAAGAGCAGGUGGGUCUGCAAGUGGUGGAAGUCACAAAUGAGCAGCAUAAGCUCCAGUGGGAGAUGCGGCAGAGGGAAGAGGAAAUUGAGGAGCUGCAGAAAGCGCUUAGCGACAUGCAGGUUUAUCUCUUUCAGGAACGCGAACACUCACUGAGACUCUAUGCCGAAAAUGACCGGCUAAAAAUCAGGGAGCUGGAAGAUCGGAAAAAGAUGCAACACCUCUUGGCACUUGUUGGUCCUGAAGCUGAAACAGUCACAUACUUUCACAGGGAGCCUCCACACAAGGUCACUGUUCCACAACGUACUGUGCAGCAUGGUCGCACUAAAGUUACAUCGUCAAAGAGGGGUCCUAAAGAAGUAGCAUCAAAAGUGACCAGAGCUGUUAGCCCAACUAUCCCAGACAACUAUCAGAGAGAUAAUCAAACUCUAUUACUACAGGUUGAAGCCUUGCAGUCUCAGUUGCAGGAGCAGACACAGUUGGCGAAAGAGCAAAUUGAUGCAUUGUUGGAGGAUCGAAGGAUUCAUAUGGAGGAGGCACAUGUGCAGCAUGAACGGGAUAAAGACAAAAUCAAAUCACUAGCAGAGAAAUUGCACAAAACUCAGAAUCUACUUUAUGAGAGUACCAAAGACUUCCUUCAGUUAAAAUUUGAGGGUCGAGAUGCUGAGAAAGUCUGGAUGGCUGAGAAGGAUCAUCUGUUACAGGAGCUGGACAGACAUAAUGAGCUGAGAAACGGAGGCACUGACCCCGAGUUGCAGUUUCUUCGGGAGUCACCAAUGGAACAUGAGAUACAAAGAAUACAGAGUGAAGAAAUAAAGUCGCUUGAGGAGCAAGUAAACCAAGCACAUCGACUGGCGGACAUGUAUAGGGAGCAAUGUGUGACAUUGGAGAACGAGCUUGCACAAAUUCGGGAAGAAGGGGAUAUAGGGCGUCAGUUGUUUAAGGAGCGUUCUGAUAAAACAGUGAAGCGUCUUCAACUAAUGACACAACGAUAUGAGGCCCUAGAGAAGCGACGAGGGAUGGAAGUGGAAGGCUUUAAAAAUGACAUCAAACUGCUGCGACAACGGCUGAAGGACGUGGAGAGACAGCUGUUCAAGGUAACAAUUGGAAUCGGGCCUGACCAGGAUCUUGCUAUCCUUCAUGAAGUGCGUCGAACAGUCAGCCAAUCAAGGCAUAUCCAAGGAGAGCUUAAGAAUCUGAAGGCAAAGAUUUAUGGCUUAGAAAAUCAGUUACGAUUUGGCUAACAUUAUCACAAUGAGAGUUCACCACAAUGUUUAAGUGUGUGGUCUGGCUGUGUCAGCAGCAGUAAAGUGAUCCACCGUUGGACAAGAUUUAUUUGUAGCCAAAUAAUACAAUGGCUUCUGCCAGCGUUGCAGCGAGACAGAAAAGUGCGUGUCAUGUCCCACUUUGUUCUUUAAACAUGAGUCAAGGAUUGCUUACAAUUGUUCGAAUGUUUAGUCAAGCUUGUUAAACUUCACUUAAUUUCUUCUUGUUUUUUUUUGUCCAUUCCCAUAACUGUUGUGAGUUAAAGCAAUUUUCCAGGACAUUCAAUGGAGAUACUUUAGUUUUCCCUGAACUACAACUCUCCACAUAAAACAAAAGCCUGGCAGCAUCUAUGGAGAGAGAGCAAAAUCAAUGUUUGCACUUCAAGUUCAAUAUGAUAUUCUGCAGGUUCUGGACGCAAAAUGGUAAUUCUGUCUCCCUCCCUGCACAGGCCAGUUGAGAUUUUCCAGUACUAAGUAUUUUUAUUUCUGAUUUCCAUCAUUUGUAAUAUUUUGUUUUUAUUUACAGCAGCAUUCAAGAUUGAUGUUUGGUGUGAAGAUUUUGUGUUUGUUGAUUUGAGAUGUCUUUAAUUUGCUUGGUGGUGUUACAUGAUUAGUCUCAAGUCAGCUGACUUCCACACAAUGUGGUACAAAGGCUGCAAACUCCUGGUGUGCAAGCAGGGUCCUGUUCAUGUUGAGUUGGAGCAGGCAGCCGUUGGAUUUGAAGAUGGAGCGGGGCAGCUGUUGGAUUUGAGGAUAGAGCGGGGCAGACAUUGGGUUUGAGGAUGGAGUGGGGUCUUGCUGGUGUAUGGGAUUGAAGCAGGACUCCACUAGGGUCCUGUUACCGUUAGUAUGCUUUCAGUUACCAUUAUCAGUCCCAGAACACUGAAUCUAGUUCAGUCCCUAAAAUGUUCCCAUUCUGAUGAAGUAGUUCAGCCCAGAUUGGAAACUGAGCUACACUUCAAAAUGUGUGACUUAACACCACACUGGAGUAAAUGCAUUCAUCCACUAAAAAAGAAAGGCAAUUUUACAUUUAACAAAAAGUAUCACUUAAAAAGCCACUGAGUUGUUAGGAAAGCAUCUGUUUGCAGCAGAAUUUGCUGAUUGAUUGGUGCACAAACCUUCCAUAUCAUGUCAGUCUCAGCAUAAAGCGGGGGUUGCCUGCAGUGGAGUUUUCUCUUCUCACAACUUGAACAGGAGCACAGGCUUUUAAGGCCUCAAAACUAGUGCUGUGAAGCUUAGUGCAUAGUGAAAUACUACUCUCUGCGCCUAUCAUGUCUCCAUCUCGGUAUGUUUCGAAGGAAAGGGUGAUAUUUUCUGAUAAAGUGUAUAUGCUGGAAAUUUCCAUUUAUGUGUGCAAAUAAGGUACCUUGGAAAGUGACACUGUACCCCUGGUGCCAAUUUGAUUGAAAGCUGUUUCAGUAUUAAUGAUGAUGGAAGGUGCAGUUUACCUUAGAAUAGUGUGUUGUCAGAAUUUAAUUGAUUUCAGUUGAAAUGAAUGUAAUAGACUGGGUGCAGCUUUGUGAUUGUGUUCAUUAAUUUGAGGGAGCUGAAUAUGCAUUUGGCAAGUGAAGCAGUUUUGAGAAUAAAGGUUGGUACAUGCUGCAAACUAUAGACUUGAACGAUGCUUCUUUACUUAUCCCAUAAUACUGCUGUGCUCUGAAUUAUGUGAUUUUGUGAUUGGUCGCACUGAUUCAACACAUUAGUAUAUUCAAGUGGCAGGAGGAAAAAGUGGUGCCUCUGUACUUGUGACCAUGUAAAGUCAGUGUCAUUGUGGUUCAACUGUUGGUACUUCUCUCCCCCAGAUGAAAGUUUGUUGUUUGAGCCUUGGCUGACAUUGCAUUUUUGAAGUUGUCCACAAGAAUGAAAAGCGGGAUCCUAACAUUAUGUUCAGGUGGAUACAAAAAAUUCAGUGACACUGCUCAAAUAUAAGUAGUCCUCAUUAUUUAGAAAUAAAAACUGACACCACCAGCAAUUGAAAAAUUCAUUAUUCAUCUUAUUGCUGUUUACACAAAUGUUUGUGUGCAAAUUCUGUUUGCUAAGUUAGCGUGAAAAGUAAUUCUUUGGGUUUCCCUCGGCUUGUUGAAAGAUACUGUAUUUCUUUUGAUAUUCAGUUUUGGAGUACCAAAUAAAGUUUUUUUUCAACAUUA